AACUAACAUAAAUGUAGUUCAAAUAAAUGUGGUAAAUUUUGAUAUGCAAUGUUACUAAUACAACUUGUUACAGCUUCGUGUCUAUUUUUUCAUGUAAUUUUGGCAACUGUUGAUUACUGCCAAUUAUCAUGUGGAGAUGAGGUUAAUACUGCUUGUUCCGGAGCACCAUGGAAAUGUGGGAGAAGAGACAAUUGUAAAAAAAUGUGUACGAAGGAUGGACUAACAAAAGAAGAAAAACAUACUAUUUUACACCUUCAUAAUUAUUAUAGAAAUGAAAUUGCAACAGGCCGAGAAAAAAGAGGUAAUCAGCCGGAAGCAGCAGAUAUGAUGGAACUGACAUACGAUGAUGAUCUUGAAUAUUUGGCACAAUGUUCAACAAACAGAUGUAAAUACGAGCACGAUACAUGUAGAAAAACAGAGAAGUAUAGCAGCGUUGGUCAAAAUAUAGGAUUACACAGCACUAAUGCCGAUAGUUCUAAUAGAACACAAAUCAUUGUUAACCUAGUUCGUCGCUGGUACGAUGAGGUUACUGAUGUCAAAAGGGAAGAUAUAGAAAAUUUUGGAUUGAGCGAUAGAACGGAAUCUAUUGCUCAUUAUACACAACUAGUUUGGUCUGAAACGAAGCAAGUCGGUUGUGGAUUAACAAUGAAUGAAGAAGAUAAUAUAUAUAAUUUCUAUUUAGCUUGCAAUUAUGGACCAAUGGGAAAUGUUCUAAAUGGCAGUGUUUACAAAAUUGGAAACACGAGAUCGGAAUGCUCCACCGAUAGUGGUCAUAAUGAUUGGUCGGGAUUAUGCUGAUAGCACAGGAUGUAAUUAAUGCUAGAUAUUUUGUAACUGAUGACCAAAUAAAUAAAUCUCUAAAAAUUUGUUUUCAAACUAUCUUAUUAUUGACGAAACAGAACGUUCAAAGUCAAUAUACAAGACAAAAUUGAACAAAAUGAACUGUCAAAUUCAUGCAUCAAUGUUAAAGUGAAAGUGUAUAUCUACCAAGAGUUGAUACGAGGUUGUUUCUACAAAUAAGUUCUGUUCUGGUAAACCCCAAUGUAUCUUUAGAAAGUUACAAGCCCAUGAUAAGAGAUUUCCACUCAUACAAACCAGUCCAGGGAAACUGAGAACACUUAGAAGAUCAAUUUUGCUCGAGGAAACUUUCAAUUUCAAAGAAUGAAGAAAAUAAUGAUCACUUUUGAUAUUGAAGAUGAACCUCUCAAAUUUGAGAAAUGAAAAUAGAAUACGUUGAAAAAUAUUAAAGAAAAAGUCGAGAAAAGAAUAAGAGAGAAGACUAAGGAAAGAGAUAUGACUGACAGUGACUCAUCAGAUCCGAAUCCUUGGGUUAUUUCUGGAUAUAGAACAGAUUGUGUGCUUUUUUCUGUAAUGGAAAAUAUGGUGAGGAUGAACUGUGCUUUUAGUUGUAUAUUUGUUAAUAUUACAAGAUGCAGUGAAUAAGUCUAGUAAACUGUGAGUUUAACUUCAAUAAUGAUGUGUGAUUAUUGUGACUAACUGACUAAUGACGUCCUUCAAAAUAGUAUCAAAAUGUUUUCAAAACGUUUUCAUGUCAUAACUUAUCCCACUACGAAUAGAAUAGAAUUUCAUAAUUGCAUGGAGUCAGAUAAUUGGUUUUAUCGAUCUCAAAAUGUUAAUUGGAAUAUACUAUACUGUUUUUUAUUUGAACUAAGAUAGUAACCAACACCUGUACUCAACAAAUUCUCGACAGAAAACAAUCAAGGAUAUAUCGAGAUACUAGAUAAUUAUAUCAAAAUGAUUAUAGAACUCUCUAGCAAUAUGAAGAAAAAGUUGAUAAUUUAAUUGUAUGUUUUGUAGUUUGAUUCCAAUAAAAACAACAUGUUAGAAUCAAA